CUCUAAUUGUCUGGUGAAUGUACUUCUGCAGGUAAAAUGUUUCACAUCAGAAUAAUUGUUACUUUUGUUAUUUUCCUGGUAUGCUCGUCCGAUGUAAUGGGGCAGAGAGAACAUGACAAGUGUACCACAGAAGCUGGUCUUGAAGGUGUGUGUGUUAAAGAUUUAGAAUGUAAAUCUGCCAUAGAGAAUAUUCGUGACGGAAUCAUACCGGAUAAAUCAUUAUGUGGCUUUACAAAAAAUUACUAUCCCAUUAUAUGCUGUUUAGAUAGCCCUACAUCAUAUUCAACUUCUCCGCCAGUACAGAAUGAAAAUACAUCUGAGAGAACUGGACCAGGUCCUGGAGAUAAAGCUGAUAAAAUGUGCCAAGUCUACAGCGCAUAUGCUUACGUUAUUGCAAAUUGGUCUCUUUUUGAAAGGCCAUAUCGGUAUCUUGAUUGUCGAAUAUACAAUAAUGAAAUAAUAGCGGUUCCAAAACGACACGAGUUUCCUCAUAUGGUAGAAAUUGGAUAUGGCUCAGAUUCUGAUAUAAAAUGGGGAUGUGCAGGAUCACUUAUCAGUGAAAAUUAUAUUCUAACAGCAGCACGUUGCAUAAAAGAUAUGACAAAGGGAGAUGCCAAGUUCGUUAGAGCAUCCGAAAAAGAAAAUGAUCUUAUUUUGCAAGUCAAAGAAAUCUCUGAAAUAAUAUUACCCCCCAACUAUUCAACGAUGAAAAACCAAAGUUUGGUGUUAAUAAAAGUCAAAACAAAUUUUAAAUUCAACGGCUUUAUACGUCCAGCUUGUCUGUAUACUAAAAAUGACAGUCCUCAGCAUCGAUUCGUAACAGCAGGUUGGAAGCUUGCAGAAUUUGCCAAUAAAGAUGGUCAAGAUUUAAAAAGAGUAUACGUACAACCGCUAUCGGAAGAUAAAUGCAAUGAUAGCUAUAUUGCUAAUCAUAAUUUUAGUAGUGGUAACAAAAACAACUUAAUCUGUACGAACGCAGCUGCUAAAGGUUACUAUGGAGAUAUUUGCAGUAUCGAUAUCGGCGGGCCACUUCAUCAGUUUCGCCCUGAUACAGAUAGUAUUAAAUGCAUGCACGACAUCGUAGGAAUCAAAGUGGACGAUACAGAAUGUGAAAGUGGUGAAAAUGGAAUUAACGUAUAUACCAAAGUGUAUAAUUAUAUCCAAUGGAUUGAGGAUACAGUGUGGCCAUAGUGUUAUUGCAUAAACUAGUAUUAAAAUAUUUGUAAAACGUAUUUGUUUAAUAAAUUUUUUAUCUUAGUA